UUCAAGCGAUAGUAUUCGUACAGUGCAGAGCAACAGCAGCAAGUAAUAUACAGCUCUACUUUAGAAGGAAUUCUUUGAGAAUAUUUUCUACUUCGUACAAUAACCGUAAAACAAAACGACAAGAUAAAAUGUACACCGCCGAAUAUGAGAACAACGUCAACAUGACCGCAGAGAAGCAACACAAGAAGGGCAGCUAUAGCAUUAAGCGUUUGCUUAGGCAACUCUUCAAAACACAACAACAAAAGCAAAAGCAACAACAAGAAUUGUUGGACAAUUUCGCCAAUAUCAAGAAAGCCAACUCAUUGGAAUCACUUGAAUCGCUGGAGAAUUCACGCAAUGCCGAUCUGGAGUCCGUAGCUGAGUGCAUUUCACUCGAAUCCUGUGAGAAUGAUGCCAAUGAACGUUUGGCCGCCUCUUGCGAUUUGGAAGAUUACGAAUUUGCCGAUAUCACUACAGUGCCCGUACAUUUCUUUCGCACUGCUCACGGCACAUUUUUCUGGACCGCCAAUACUGAUUUGCCAGCCGAUAAUGAUCUUAUCGAACCAUUGUACUGCUGCACCAGCAAUCAGAUCGCCACCACACAAAUGCAAGAUCGUUGGGCACAAGCCUAAGCGCAUGUGGGUGAUGAGUUGAGAGAGCGAGCAAGUGUGGUACAGCGCACAUUGAGGUCUUCCAGGUCCACUACACACACACAGUGGACCAUGCUGAGAAACGCAAAGCUUUAAUUGUUUGUGAUAUUUUUGAAAGUACUUACAUAUACACAUAUAUAAUGAAGAGGGUUAAGAAAUUAUUGUUUACAAAUAUUUAUACAAAAAAAAAAUAAUUAUACAAUAUAACAAUGGAAACAAAAACUAAA